UUCUCCCCUUUCUACAGGAGUUGCCGAUCCAAAGGCCUGGCUCAGAAGUGAUCCUGUGCCACCUGUACCAUCAAGAUCAAGAUCAAGAUGUACCAUCAAGAUCAAGAUCAAGAUUUCUAGCGGCAGGCCGCAGGACUCAGGAGUGACUGAUGUGUGGUCCAUGAGUGCCAAAUGUGUCCUUCACUGCACAGCUCACAACUCUGACCUGAAUGUCUGCACACACUUUAUGAACCACCAAGCAUCCUGACAAAAAACUUCUGUGUUUCUGCAGUGGUGUUGUGCCUCCGGCAGGUGGACAGGCUGGCAUGAUGUACGGCAGCAGCACACAGUUCCGCAGCUGGACCUUCAAGGACGAGCACGAGCUGAAGCGGUUGCGUGUGCAAGCCAAUGCUGACUUCAUUGAGAAGUUUGGGGCAGACAUGACGCCAGAGGAACGGAGGCAACAUUUUCUCACGGCAGAAGAGGAACAUUUGAUGGUCAGGUCGUACGAACACUCACUGAGAGAUUUCUGCAAGAAGUUCCGUGACCCUCGGGAUGCUCGCAUCAGGAUGCUGCCGUCGGCUGCCACUACGGCCCAGCACUACUUCAAGAGGUUCUACAUCUACAAUUCUGUCAUGGACUACCACCCCAAGGAAAUUUUAGUGACUUGCGUGUACCUGGCCUGCAAGAUUGAAGAGUUCUAUGUGACCAUCAACGACUUUGUCCACAAUGUGCGUGGAGACAAGAAGAAGGCAAUAGAGAUCAUCCUCAACAAUGAGCUGCAGCUGACCCAAGAGCUCCAGUUCAACUUGAUCAUUCACCAGCCCUUCCGCCCAGUGGAGGGACUGCUCAUCGACAUCAAGACCAGGUUCCCUCAGCUGCACGACCCUGAGAGGCUGCGGCUUUAUAUUGAAGAGUUCCUGGAGAAAGUAAACCUGACAGAUGCCAUCCUCCUCUAUGCCCCAGGCCAGAUUGCCCUGGCAGCCGUGACCACAGCAGUGAGCAGGCUAGGUGAGAACCUAGACCACUAUGUGACAGACAUCCUCUUCCCUCAGGAGCAGAAGCAGCAUCUUCCAGUCCUCAUUGAGGCAGUCAGGAAAAUCAAGAAGAUGGUGAAGAACACGGAGCCGCCUCUGUCUGACUCCAUGCGGAAGGAGAUUGAGGCCAAGCUGGAGCGAUGCCGGAACCAGCAGAACAAUCCCAACUCCUCCCAGUAUAGGGCAAAUUACUCAGAGUGGGACGAUGAGGACCUGCCCAUUGCCUCAUCUCCCUUCAGUGGUGACGUGUCAAUGGGUGUGGAGAGGAUCAGGUCCCCCUCUGCUUAUUGAUCCUUGCAGACAUGGCACCUCACCCCUCUGUGUGACUUGGGGUCUUGGGAAGUGAGGAAGUCAGGACUGCCUCCACUGAGUGCAUCAUUGACUACAACUUAGGGUGAAGUGCUUCCUGGGUGUUAUAAUGUGUUGGAAAAUCAUCCUCUGUGCCUGAUGUAUACACUCUUACUAUGAAGCACUUGCUCCUGGGAUCUCAGCAGCUAAAGAGUGAGUGCUCCCCAAGAGAAUGAAUUGCUGCCUGAGUUUCAUUGUGCUGGGAAGAGCUGUCAUGCAGAUUUCGGUGAAGUAUGUGUCAAGUAGUUUCCAGGUUUACUACAGUUCAGGAGAAUGUGAAGGAUUUCUCAUAAAUAAAAAAAAAUUUUUUUAAAUUUAAAAAAAAAAGAGAGAGAGAGAAAGAAAGAUAAUGUUUGUGGCAAAAGUUCAAAUAAAGUGCAGAUUUGUA